AAAUAAUAAAUAAUGAAAUGUCUGCUUUUACUCUGAAAAGUGAAAGUGUGGAUGCCACUGCUUAGGCUCAAGGAAGCAUAGGGUUAUUACAAUAACAGGCGAGUGGAAGACGCCGAGUGGAAGUGAGCAGGUUUCUGCUCCAGAAUUUUUGUUUUUCUGCCAGCAAAGUGACCAAGCGUAAAGAUGCUAAAUGAGUGAGGUCUUUCUAGAAAACCUUCACCUCUAGUUGUAGUUUUAGUCUUCAAUCAAGUUGAGCAAAGAGAAUAGGCAGCAUAGACACAUUACACUUGAUAAUCACUGGAAUGAUGGGAGUUCCUGCAUCCUGUGUGGUGGUGCUAACAUUCAUUCUUUACAGCCACAGUAUGAAAAUACAAAGUACUCUGCAUGUGUCUAAAAGGUCUCAGGAAAAUGUACUGAAUCCCAGUAAAUGUGUGUCCAGGACCAAUCAGCAGCAGAUAAUAGCAAACCCAUACAACUUCUCUGUGGAUCUCCGCAUGCCUGGUGUUAUCCCAACUGGGUCGGACACUUACCUUUGCAUGGCAUUUCCAGUUCCAACUAGGCAAGAUGCAUAUAUUGUGGACUUCAUACCUCUUGCCAGUAUGGACACAGUCCAUCACAUGCUGCUGUUUGGCUGUCAGACCCCUGUCUCCACCCACAGCUUUUGGGACUGUGGCAGUGUGCAAGGCACUUGUGAGGAUGAACCAGCAAUUAUGUAUGCCUGGGCUCGAAAUGCACCACCUACCAAAUUACCUAAAGAUGUUGGCUUCAAAGUUGGAAGAAGUUCAGGAAUGUCCUACUUUGUACUGCAGAUUCAUUACGGAGAUAUUAGUGCUUUCAAAGAUCACCAUAAAGAUUGCUCAGGACUUACUUUAAGAAUGACUUCUAGGCCGCAGCCAUUCAUUGCUGGCAUAUAUUUGCUCAUGUCUGUGGACACAGUUAUCCUUCCAGGAAAAAGAGUUACAGAUGCAGAUGUCGCAUGCGAUUAUACUUCAUAUCCAAUCUACCCAUUUGCCUUCAGGACCCACACACACCGCCUUGGUAAAGUGGUCAGUGGCUACAGAAUCCGAGAUGGGAAGUGGACCCUGAUUGGGAGACAAUCCCCUCAGCUACCACAGGCUUUCUAUCCUGCUAACAAGCAGGUGAAUGUGAAAUAUGGUGAUACCCUUGCUGCCAGAUGUGUGUUCACUGGUGAGGGCAAAACCUCAAAAACUUACAUUGGCGGUACAUCUGAUGAUGAAAUGUGCAACUUCUAUAUAAUGUAUUACAUGGACAGCAGACAUGCUAUCCCUUACAUGAACUGCAUGGAGAUGGGUUCUGAAGAGCUGUUCCAACAUAUUCCCACUGAGGCAAAUGUACCCAUUAAAGUCAGUCCAAGCCAUAUGAAUUCUGUGAUGCAUCUGGGACAAUCCACAGAUGAUCAUGACCACGCAGUUCUCCUGGAUACAAACAAACCAGAAACUGUGGAUCAGGACUACCAUUUUGAGCAAGUUUCAGCUUGGCCACAGAGUUCACUUCAGCUAGGACAGGUGUCAGGACUUGCUCUUGACUCAGAUUCUAACUUGGUCAUUUUCCACAGAGGUGACCACCACUGGGGAGCAGACUCUUUUAACAAUCAGGCAAGAUACCAGCAGAGGUCCCUAGGACCAAUUCAGCAGUCUGCCAUUUUAGUUGUGGAUCCAUCCAAGGGCAGUAUCUUGAAGGCUUCUGGCAGAAACAUGUUUUUUUUGCCUCAUGGAAUAACAACAGACAAAGAGAAUAAUUACUGGGUGACUGAUGUGGCUCUUCAUCAGGUGUUAAAAGUUAGCAGUGAUGGCAAAGACAGAACCUUGAUGGCAUUAGGAGAGGCCUUUAUACCAGGAAGUGACAACAACCAUUUCUGCCAGCCCACUGAUGUGGCAGUUGACACUGAAAGUGGGAACAUUUUUGUCUCUGAUGGUUACUGUAAUGCCAGGAUAAUAAAGUUCUCUGCUGAUGGCAAAUACCUGUCUGAGUGGGGUGCAGGCUCAUCAGACAGGAGAAGGCGAAUACCUUUUCAGAUUCCCCACAGCCUGGUGUUACUUCCUGACAAAAAGGAAAUUUGUGUGGCAGACCGAGAGAAUGGACGCAUCCAGUGCUUUAUAGCAGAAACUGGAGAGUUUGUCAAGGAAAUUAAGAAAGAUGAAUUUGGAGGGGAAGUGUUUGCGGUCUCCUACAGCCCUACCGGGGAUGGCUUGAUUUUUGCAGUAAAUGGGGAAUCGCUAUCUCGUCCAGUUCCAAUUAGAGGUUUUGUUAUAGAUUAUUCAACCAAGGAUAUUUUGGACACCUUUAGCCCUAACAAAAAGGAGUUCAAAAUGCCUCACGAUAUAGCUGAAACUAGGGAUGGCAGUGUUUUUGUUGGGGAUGCCAGCAGCAAGUCCGUCUACAAGUUUACAACAGAGAAGUUGCAUCAUUCUGUCAAGAAAGCUGGAAUCGAGGUUCAAGAACUUGAAGAAAUGGACGCCGUUGUCCAAACUAAGGUAAAGCAAGACACAUCAAAGACCGCAGCCAUCCAAGAGAAGCAAACUGUGGUCCAAAAAACUCAACCACAGUUAGAGGCAGACAAAGAGAGGAAGAGUCCAGCAAAGCCUAACAAAGGAGAGCGUGUACUCCCAGUCAUCAUCACCACCCUGCUGCUCAUUCCUCUGGUUGUUGUGAUCUCCAUAGGAGUCUUCAUUUCCUGGAGGAAAUACAAUCAACGUGAGGUCAAAGCUGAACCCAGCUCGGUGAGAGGCAUUUUGGGCAAAAUAAGGGGUAAAGCAGUGGGCAGUCUGAAUCUGGGAAACUUCUUUCCAUCCCAUAAGGGUUAUAGUCGUCAGGGCUUUGACCAGCUGAGUACUGAAGGCAGUGACCAAGAGAGAAAUGAUGAGGACAGCAGCGACUCUGAAAAUGAGGAGUACUCUGCUCUGCCGCCGCCUCAGUCCUCCUCUUAGAUGUUCUGGGGCCAACUGCAAACCUUCUGCCAACCUUCUGCUAAAAUCGCUGAUGUAGUUAUUCAUCACAUGUGUAACUGUUGUACCAGCUGCCAAUGUGUGUGUGUGUGUUAUUGUAUGUAAAAAAAAUAUUUUGAUAAGUUAUUUAUUUAAUUCAGCUAUGGUAUUCAUACAUUCUCUGGCAUAAUCUACUCAUGUCACAGUGUCACUCAUUUCAUUUCCCCAAAUCAAACCUGCUUUUACUGAGAUUAUUAACAAUAUUUUGAAAUAUCUGGAGUUGGUUUUGGCCUUAAAAUAACAAUGCAAAUCUGUUAAAAGAAUGAGAUCAUUUCCCCUUCAGCUGUUAAAGGCUGAUGUUGGAUUGCUGUCCGCCUUCAAAGUCAGUGUUUUUUUUAACAUACAUUCCCUUUGUUUUAUUAAUUAAUUAACAGGAUUCAUCUUGAUGGUGAUUAAUCAGCCUCCAACUGUCCUGCACUGUAAUGUAGCUCUCACUCUAGUCAUUAUGGACUUGGCUUCCUCGUCAACUAUAUUCUUGCUGUUCAUGGCAAAAAAAAUACUCUUAUGAAUUCUGUUAUUUUUCUGUUUUUCAAGUUUUUAGCAAAAGUGGCAUUUCAUGUGAUAUUGUGUGAUUUAAAGUGUGAAAUAGAGAAAUAUUGUCAAUUCUUUUUUUUUUCGGUUUUAUUUAUACAGCACCAAAUCACAACAACAGUUUGUAAUAAUACGCAAGACCAGACAGACACUACACAGGAUGCAUUUAAAUAUCACACUCACUUGAAUGAAAAUUGCUUGUUUGGUGAAACCCACUGCAUAUGAGAUUUGAUGAGAAAUUUUUUUUUUUUAAUCCUGUAUUUUGGAAAUUCUUUUUUUUUACAGUCACUGAAAUCACUAACUAUAAUUAUAAUGAUGUAUGGUCAGACAUAUAUAUUGUGUUAUAGAUUUCCUAUAUCUGUUCUUGUAGCAGCAGAGCUAAAUCUGUUUGUUAGAGUAGCUGGUGCAGUGAGUGGUCAGGAUGAUCCAUAAUGGACAAUGGUGACAACCUGUCCACCAAUGCUGCAAAUGUGUCCAGUUUGCAGACAAUCACACAGCCAGCCUCUCUAAUCAGUUUAUUCAGUCUGUUGGUCACUAUAUGAUGAUGUGAUGAUAUCACUUAAUAAAUUACUUGUUCAUAAAAGAUUGCUUUCUCUGGGAAAGUUUCCCAAAUUUAAAACAUCUGAUCUUGUUUGCAGUUUCAGUUAUUGUGUUAUCUAUAUGGUAACCUACCCAUAUGGAAAAGAUAUAUAUAAAUCUUAUAAAGUUUGUAUCUGUCUUGUGUGAAACUUGUAUGAAAAGCAUACAAGAGUGAAAACAGAUAUAAGAUCCCUUGAAAAAUUAUAUAAAUGAAACUUGUAUGUUUUGGAUACUUACUAAAACAAUAUAUGAAGGUAAUGAGAAAGUGGCCACUUUCAUGAGUAAAUCAUAUAAGCCUUAUAUGAUUCACUAUAUGAAGUAGGCCACAUCUUAUGCAAGUCUUUUAUAGUUUUAACUAUUUCCUUUCCAUAUGGGUACUUACUGCCACUUUUGCUGGUCAUUGUGCUUGUUGCAUUGUAAAGGAACUGUAGGGGGCGGCGCAAACACUGUUAUCGUCACCAUGUUAGUGGUUGACCUAAUAUGGUUACUUCUACCCUUAAACACAAUGAUUUUUCACUUAAUCUUAAGUUGGAUCCGUUUUUUUUUACUUGUGAUUCUGUGCCUUUUUGCAUCUGUCUUGCCUUUUGUUUUAAUCACCUGCCAUUACAACACGUACCAUGGGAUGAAAACUGCUGCCAGUAGAGCUUGUAUUAUAGUGAUUUUAUUUCCCUUCAGAAAAUUUAUAGUGUAUAAAUUCAUAUAUGCCUGAAUCUGUGCACUAAUCAUUCUUUAGAACAGGGGUAGGGAACGUUAGUCCUCGAGAGCCGGUGUCCUGCAGGUUUUAGAUCUCACCCUGGGUCACCACACCUGACUCAAAUGAUUAGGUCAUUACCAGGCCUCUGGAGAACUUCAAGAAAUGUUGCAGAGGUAAUUUAGCCAUUUAAAUCAGCUGUGUUGGAUCAAGGACACAUCUAAAACCUGCAGGACACCGGCUCUCGAGGCCUGGAGUUCCCUACCCCUGCUUUAGAAGAACCACUUCUCAAGCUUCAUAACGCUAAACCCAGCUUAUAAAUAUAUAUACCCAAAAUAUAUAUGGUUUUGUUUUAUCUUGUCCUACCCAGCAGCCUAAACCAACUGGGUGUUCUGACUUAAUCAAUAAAAGCAUUUAUAUGUAAAAAUCAAUAAAGACAUAUUCAGUCUGAUGGCAGCAAUGUGGAACAAGUGAAGUCCAAAUUAAUGUGGAUUAAUUAAUUAAGGAAAAUUCACUGAACACACUUCAUGCACAUACUGGAAGCUCAGAGAUAGUGGAUGAAGACUUUUGUUUAUUCAAAAUAUUCAAGUUUGUUCAGGAUUCUGAGGUUUUGUUUCAGUUAGUCUUUUUUCCUUUUUUAUGUAGUCUGCACCACUUCUUUUUGUAUUUAUACUCAGUAUAUCAUAAUGUUUAAAUGAUUUCCUAACAUGAUGCCAUGUUUUACAUGUGGAUGCUGUAAUAUUAGUUGUGACACACUGGUUUUGCUGCAAGAGUACUAUUUUCAGUAACUGUUAUUUGUGUAAUAAAGUGUUUGCAAAGCA